GGCGAUAAAGGGAGAUUCUCGUGCUUUUAUACUCAUUUUUAUCACUUUUACGUAGGAAAUUGAAUAAGGGAGUUAUCUUACUGACUCUUAGAACUUCAACGAUAACUAUGGUGGACGACAAAGCAACAGCAAAAGACUUAGAAUCAUGGAUCGAGCAGCUUAUGGAAUGCAAACAGCUCAGCGAAACUCAAGUGAAAACGCUCUGCGAAAAGGCCAAAGAAAUUCUCAGCAAGGAAUCAAACGUACAAGAUGUGAAGUGUCCUGUGACAGUUUGUGGAGAUGUGCAUGGCCAGUUUCAUGAUCUUAUGGAACUGUUUAAAAUAGGAGGAAGGUCACCAGAUACCAAUUACUUAUUCAUGGGUGACUAUGUGGAUAGAGGAUAUUAUUCUGUAGAGACUGUUACUCUCUUGGUUACACUGAAGGUUCGUUUUCCUCAUAGAAUAACCAUUUUACGUGGAAACCACGAAAGUCGUCAGAUCACUCAAGUGUAUGGAUUUUACGAUGAAUGCCUCAGGAAAUAUGGGAAUGCAAAUGUUUGGAAAUACUUUACAGAUUUAUUUGACUACCUGCCAUUGACUGCUCUAGUUGAUUCACAGAUAUUUUGUCUUCACGGAGGUUUGUCGCCCUCCAUAGACACGCUGGACCACAUAAGGGCACUUGAUCGUAUCCAGGAAGUUCCCCAUGAGGGUCCAAUGUGCGACUUGUUGUGGAGUGAUCCAGAUGACAGGGGUGGCUGGGGUAUUUCACCACGGGGUGCUGGUUACACCUUUGGACAGGAUAUAUCAGAAACAUUCAAUCACACAAAUGGCCUUACUCUUAUUGCAAGAGCUCAUCAACUUGUAAUGGAGGGUUACAAUUGGUGUCAUGAUAGGAAUGUAGUAACAAUAUUUAGCGCUCCUAACUACUGCUACAGAUGUGGAAAUCAAGCUGCAAUCAUGGAGUUAGAUGAUGCACUUAAAUACUCCUUCUUACAAUUCGACCCAGCACCAAGACGAGGAGAGCCACAUGUUACUCGCAGAACACCCGACUACUUUUUGUGAUGAGCAGCUCUCUUGUGCUUGUUAAACCUUAGCAGUGUUAACUACAUGUUAUCUUUGUUCAUUACUGUAUGCCUUCCUUUGCUAUGAUGUGCAAGUUAUUCUAAAUUAUGUGCAUUAAUACCCAUCUUCCUACAUUGUAUAUUGUAACCAAGUGAGAAGAAUGUUUGCAUAAGAUUUGUGACUCUACAUGAGUUAGGGUCCCAUCAAAACCUAUUUUUGAGUUUGAAAGGUUAUUUCUUAACUGGAACAUUCUUUUAUCAGAAUCAUGGUUUUCUUAAGACAAUAAAAUGCUUAAUGGAGCCAUCAACUUUGCAAACAAACAUUGCCACUGAGAGAUAUGGUCACAGCAUAAACAGAAUAUUAAAUUAUAUCAGUACAUCAAUGUAAAUGCAUAUUAAGGAAAUAAUGCUCACUUGAGUAAAAUAAGACUGCAUCAUGGCAAUCAUUCAUUUGACACAACUGAAGUAACUUGACCUGUGAUCAGGUUCAACUUUCUGUGCUCUUGUUUUUCUUUUAUGUGGCUUCUAGUUUUAGUUUUGACUUCUGGGUUACUUAGUGCAGUGACAUUAUAGCCCGACCCCAGGCUAACACCAGCGUUUUUAAUCUUAAGAAGUAUAAUAAGUAGUUCUUCAGGAUUUAAAAAGACUGACUGUGAAUUGUAGAGUACAAGUCACAGUGGUUCAGGCUUUGAUUUAAAUCUGAAGAUAGUGAGACUACAAUGUCAAUGAAGUUUAGAGUAGAUCUUAGUGGUGUAUUUUAUCUCAGAUCAUUAAAAGACUGAACUGGA